CAACACAAAACACACAAUUACUCAAAGCAGAUUCUUCUUUCUGAAAUUGUCUGUAAAAUUUCCCAAGAAGGAUGGAUGGUUCCUUUUGGUCGAAGAAUUUACUGCCCGGUUUUCCGUUAACUGGUCGUGGCCAAACGAUGCCGGUUCAUGCUCCGAAGGUGGUGUCGAGCGAGAUUCCGGUGGCGGUUCGUGGCCAAACGAAGCCGGUUCAUGCCCCGAAGGUGGUGUCGAUUCCGGUACAUUUCGUCGGGUCGGAGCGGAGCAGAUCCGACUCGGCUGUGAAGAUUCAGAAGGUGGUUAGGGGGUUCUUGGUGAGGAAGUGCAUGAAGAAGAUUGCGACGAUUAGAAACGAAGUGAACGAGAUCGAGGAGAGGAUUGCGGAGAAAGAGACUGUGGAUUUGAUUCGUAGGGAUCCGAAGGAGAGAUUGAAGGUGAUCGAGACGUUGAUGAGCUUGCUCUUUAGGUUGGAUUCUGUGAGAGGAGUGGACUCUGGGGUUAGGGAUUUCAGGAAGGCGGUAAUCAAGAAAGCGAUUGCGUUGCAGGAACUGGUGGACGCGAUAGUAGUCGGCAAUCAAACACUGGAAUCAGACAAUGUUGCAGUUUCUGAAAGUGUCGAACAUAAUCAAGCCGGCGAAAUUGGGGAAAAUGCCGUGGAUCAAACGCUAGAAAGUCAAGGUAAUUCUAAUAUCAUCAAAACCCUUGCAGAUUCUGCUGGUAAUUGUGAUUCCUGCCCAAUUAAUGGUGCUGGUGCUGAGCCUGUUCCAAUUAUAAGUGAGCUUGAGGUGACGCCUGAUGAAUUGACUACUGAUAAUAAUGGUCAAAAUCAGGAAACCAUAGAUAUGAUUGAGGAAAUUCUUGAAGAUCAUGAAUGUCAGGAGGAAAUUGUUGGGAUUAGUCAAACCGAGAGUCAGUCAGAUUCCUCUAUGAAUCCUCAGACUCUGGCUGAAGGUGGUGAUUCUGGGGAAGGAGGAAAUUUUGCCUCAAAUGUAACUCUUGAAGCCGAUGAUCUAGCUAAAGAGGAAGUGAUUGUGAAAGGAAAUUGUGGGGUUGGUUCUGGAAGGGGGGAGGAGGAGAACAAGAGGAGCAGGGAACUACUGGAGAGGAUGAUGGAGGACAAUGAGAAGAUGAUGGGGAUGAUGGCACAAUUGUUUGAGAGGAACGAGAAGCAGACGCGACUACUGAGUUCGCUGUCCCAGAGGGUGGAGCUGCUGGAGAAGGCUUUCCUGUGUGAGAAGUUAAGAAGAAAGAAGAGGAAUGCUGCCAGUGCUGCUUCUGAUGUUGUUGAAAGGUCCCCAGAUACCAGGAAGUCUGGAAAGAGAUAGUGGAAUUGGACAAUUUGGGUGUAGAGAUUUUUACUUUUGGCUUUCAUGUUUGCUUUGAUGUUUGCAUUUGUUUUCACCUCUUCUUCAUUCUGCAAUGAGUUUCUUUGUAGAGCUUCAGGGGAAGUUGUUAAAUGUACUUUGUUUUGGUAAUAUGAGCUCUGGAUUCACUUCAAAAAUUCCUUCUAUUCUCUUGCAAUAUAUACAUAUAUUAUGA